AAGAACACACCUUCAUGUGCAGAGCUGUUAGAUGCAAACAGAGUUUGGACCUGCACCAUGAGCGUUGACCAGAGCUAUCCGUUCCCACAGGUUUUCCUUGUGGAUGGAGGUGGAGGGCCGCAGCACUCUGCCCAGCCUCCGAAUCUUGUACCCUGCUGGUCCUACCCACCCCCCCAGGAGAGGGUGAGGAGCCGUGGGAAGAGUCGGGGCUGCAUGGGGGUCAGCCCCGCUCUGUCCCUGAUCGUACUCAUGCUGUUCCUGCUUGUGUUUGCGGCCCUGGGGUUUGAAGCCUACCAGAUUAUGAACAUGCAGGAAGAACUGAGAGAGUUAAAAAAGGUUCAUUCUGCGACUGAGUUUACUACACCUCAGACAAAAAUUGAGUUUGAUUCACCUCAGAAGCAAAUUGGUGAUAAACCUGAGUUGAUUGAAGAGAAGAACAACAGACCUGCAGCACAUGUGACAGGGCGGAUUGAAACCUUAGUGUUCCCUAAGACUCUGCGCUGGGAUCCUCAUGCAGCGCGGUCAUUCCUCACUGGAGCCGUGGCCUACAGGUUUGAAGAUGGUUCCCUGCAAGUCAAUGAGACGGGACUCUACCACAUUUAUUCACGGGUGGAGUUGAUCUUUCAGCAUUGUUCUCCUACCUCAUCGUUCAUACAUUCGGUGUUUGUGAGGAGAGCAGGACACCGCUCGCCUCUUACCCUGAUGGAGGCCCACAGAGCGGGUUUAUGCUCUCAGCCGAGACACGCCUGGACCACAGAGAGUUACCUCGGCUCCGCCCUGAAGCUGCAAAAAUUCGACAGAGUAUUUGUGAAUGCAUCUCACCCAGAUUAUCUUAGUCACGCAUAUUAUGGCAACUUCUUUGGUCUCUACAAGAUCUGAUGGUUUAAUGUUUUAUAUUUCUUAAUUUAACUCCAAAAUCAGAAUAUAAACUGAUCAGAAUGUAUCUGAAUAGCUUAAAUUGCUGAUUUAAUUGCUAGAAUGUAUAAAGACUGCACUGAAUAGUCUAAUAUGAAAUGGUCUGCAAUGUUAAAACCCAGGGAAAUAUUGCACACUGUCUUUAUAGACAGAUUUAAAACUGGUGGUUAAAUCAAUUGAAGCAUUUUCCACACAUUCACACAAGGUGCCUUUUAUUACAUUACAUUACAUUGCAUUGCAUUUAGCGGACGCUUUUAUCCAAAGCGACUUACAAUAAGUACAUUCGACCAGGAAGACACAACCUUGAAGAAAACAGAAUCAUAUAAGUACAUCAGGUUUCAUAGAGCCAAACAUUUAAAGUGCUACUCAACUGGCUUUAGGUAAGCCAGUCCUUUAUUAGUAUAAAAGUGCUUCGUUAAUAGUUCUAACGCUCGAAGUGGAGUCGAAAGAGAUGAGUUUUCAGUUUGCGCCGGAAGAUGUGCAAGCUAUCUGCCGUCCUGAUGUCAAUGGGGAGCUCAUUCCACCAUCUUGGAGCCAGGACAGCAAACCCACGUGUUUUCGCCGAUGGGAACUUGGGUCCCCCCCUUUUAUAAAAUGUAGAGUCUGUUAACACUAACACGCUUGUUAAUUUGUAGCCUUUUUAAAAUAUUUAUUAAAGUGUGGAUCUGACAUGUAUGAUGUCAAAAUAUGUGAAAAAUGUUGGUAAAAUGGUUGUUUGGAAGUAAACAAAUAAAUAAUUUAAGUUGA